AUGAUCUUGGUCGAGGGUCUCGUCCUUCAGAUCGCCAUGUUCCUGCCGUCGCCCAUGGCCGUCCGCGUCUUUCUCGAGGCGCUGCCGCUAGCGUCUCUCUCGCCGCCAUUAGAGGCGCUCCGGAGGCUCCUCGAGACGCCGUGUCUACUGGACGACGACUGGCCGCAGCCGGAUGUGCCCAUUCUGCUGUAUCAUCAUGCGCAGCUCGUACUCACUGCGCUGCCCGUGUUACCGCCCAUUAGGCUCUACCCGUACUGCAUCGCCAAGCUCGAGCGCAGUCUGCGCCAUCUCGCCGAGUACGAGGAGGACGGCUGCGCGUUCCGAACCUUCGUCACGAAAUGGGCGCACAAGAUUGCGGCCAUGGACCUCACCGACACGGCGCGCUACGACCACGACGUGCUCUGCAGCCUACUGCGGCAGUGCACGCAGCUCGACCACGUCUCUGUCGAGUGCCGGCAGCACGAGCGGGCAGUGCUAACGGCCAUCACAACACCGUCGCACCGCGUCCGCAGCCUCGAGCUCGUCGUACCCGGCGACGUCGCCAACUACGCACCUCAGGACGCAGCGACGCAGCUUGCGCCGUGGCUGCGCUCGGGCCAUGCCACUCAUGUGGGCUUCAAACGCUUCCGGUCGCUGGACGAGGCCAGCGCCAGGCACCUCGCCAAAGCGCUGCUCUCAACGCCGUCGGUCGUUAGCCUAAGGUUGCACGAGUCGGGUCCGGUCACGACGGCGCUGAUCGAGUCGGGUCUCUCGCUGGCGCACCUCACGCGGCUUGAGGCGUCGGCAUCCGACCUGCACCGGCUCGUGCCUCAUUUGGACCUUGCCAAAUUGACGCACUUGACUGUGCGCUGCGAGUGGACCCGCAACAUCGACUGGCUCGUCGCUUUGCUCCCCGGUCUUACGGCGCUCGAAGACCUCGCGGUCUAUAGUGGCACCGUCACUGACUAUGACGGCUUUACGACGUCGACGGCAUUAUCACUCAGGACUGUGCGCUUUUACGCGAUGGAGUGGACGCGCAACGGCCUCCUCGCCGUCCUCGACUGGAUCUCGACGUCCGCCCAACUGGAGUCCGUGUCGCUGGACGCUCUCAGCUUCGGCAAGUGCGCUGCAGAGCUUAGUGAAGCGCUACGUCAAUGGAUUCUUGCUGGGUGCCGUCGCGUGAGCUUCUCGGACACCAACCUCGACGACGCUGGCCUGGCGCAUAUUGCGCGCGCCCUGAGUCGAGUCCGCCACCGCACGGCGCUCCUCGUCGCAUUGGAAGGUAUCCAAGUGGGUCUAAGCGGCUUUCUUUGCCUUCUCGACGCCCUAGCGACAAGCACGUACGUGUCCGUGCUGCUCGAAGUCGAAGACGACGCGCUGACGCCGCAGCGUGAUGAGAUAAAUGUCCUCUUGGCCAAGUACGAGGUGAGCUAUCGCGAGCGGAGUGAUCUCGAUGACUACCACUAUCUCCACAGUCCGCUGCAUGGAAGAGAAGACUCUUCUUGA